AUGAGAUACGAGGUAUGGGUACAAAUAGCCCGUGAGGUGCUUGAGGAGUCCCGGAAACAGCUGGGGAUGCAGUUAGGAUACUACAUCCAGCUUGCGGGGGAGGCAAAGACAGUUCCCAAACCAGGCGAGCAGUGGGAGGACAUUGCAAUCGCUAUUGAGGCUCGUACCAAGGACGACCUGCGGAUGCCGCUGUACGAGAACAUGGAAGGCAUCUGCUAUGACACAGCAUCCUCUUUGAACACCAAUGCUGCCCAUCUAGAAGCUGAGGCAGCGGCUCUCCUCGCCCUACCGACAAUCACCACGAGUAUUGAGCCAUGGGGAGUCGGUGUGAGUACGAGUAUUGGCGGGAGCACCUUUAGCCAGGUGGCGCAAGGUCAGGUGAGUCAUCUACAGGCACGAGCUCAGUCUGCAGCCGACGAAGGCGGGCGGGCCGCUCGAAAAUCGGCGCUGUCGCGGCAACUGCAAGAGCGGUUGCUCCAGGCCAACACAAUGGGGCACGAGCUCAUGAGGAUUGACAAAGAUAUAGCACACUUGGACACCCGUGUCGAGAGCGUGGAAUGGGAGAUCAAAGCCCGACAGCAGGAGACCGAGAAUGCGGCGGCAGAGGAAGAAUGGAUGCGCAAAAAGUAUACAAACCAGCAGCUCUACGCAUUCCUGGAUCAUUCGACCAGCCAGAUUUUUCACCAGACCUACCUGUUGGCGCUCGAUAUGGCCAAGGCGGCACGGCGCGCCCUGGACUUUGAACACGCAGUCCGAUACCCAGACAGCUCCGCCUCCUCGCGGCCAUCCACGAGCAUUGGAAGGUUGCAAGAGUCAGGCUCGGCUACGAUCAAGCUGGACGAGACACUAUUUGACAGGGACUUUCCCGGCCACUACUGCCGUCGGAUCUCGUCCGUCGCUCUGAGCAUUCCAUGCAUUCGCAUCUCUCCCGUCGUCAAGGAUGAGUCCACGCUCUACGCAGAAGAGGAGGGCAAGUACCGCACGGACCAGAUCCCGAUUACCGCCGUUGCGAUCAGCACUGGCGUGCAGGAUACCGGCAAAUUUGAUCUCGAUUUUCACGGAUCCGGUCAGUACGGCCCGUUUGAAGGCGCUGGGGUAAUCUCGGAGUGGCAGAUUCACCUUCCGGAAAAGCACAGGCAGUUCGAUUAUCGGACCAUCUCGGACAUUGUGAUGCAUCUGCGCUACACCUCAGUGGACAGUAGCGGCAAAUUGAAGGAGGCCGUCGAAGGUACCAUUGACUCGGUAAAGGCCCCGGCGUUAGCGAUCAAUCUCAAGGACGACUACCCGGCUGAGUGGUACAAAGUUGCGUCGAAACAGCAGGCUUCCUCCUCCAAGAUGGUUCUCGCGGGACUGCGUAACCGGCUGCCCUUCUGGACCCGCGAGAAGACAGACGUCACGCCGUCUCGUGUGACGCUCUUAGUACACCCCGAAUUUGAGGGUGCGACUUUGAAGGGGCAAACGGCGCAGGGCCCAGCGGUUUCCCUGAAACGGAACAGUGAAGCUGCGGUAGGCAAGUACACAGCAUUGACGCCCAGCACUGUAACGACCCUUCCCCGUCUGGAUGAUGAACCAUGGGAAAUCGACGUUGGGGCCAUGACUCUCGAACGCGGCUGGUUAUUGAUUGAGUAUUGA